GCGAAUAUCAUAUUCCCUACGUCAGUUGGUGGAGAAGGGUGUCCCUGUGCACUCCCGCCAUCCAGCGAUUACACAGCUGCAGACUCCACGCCAAUCAGAGAGCGAGUGAAACUUGCGCAUACAGCAUCCCGUCUCCAUGCUCAAAGUGAAGCUAGCAGUCUAUCUUUGACAGUAAACCAGUCGUAACAAAUAUUUUAAUCUUCAAUGCACAUCAUAACGUCUGCGUGUCCUGGAAGCAUAGUAUAUUACUAUGCCCAAGCCAUUGCAAAUAUGGAUUAAUCCGGUUGUGCCGCUUUUUGAAGGACUUUUAAUGUUACUACACGAUGACUUGUUUUCCAAAAUUGGCGUUUUUACUUUUUUACCUAAUUAUUGUGGGAGAAUGCAGCAAGCACAAAAGUAGUAGACGGAGAAGAUGGACUGGAGCCGUGGAAACUCAUAAGCAUGGCACGCUUCUAUCAAAAAAGAUGGUUGAUGCGACCAAGACGCGCAAAGUCAAAACGGACCACCUACUUCGAGUGGACGACCAUGACUUUACCAUGAGGCCAGCUUUUGCAGGUCCUGCUGUCCCAGUUGGGGUUGAUGUGCAGGUGGAGAGUUUGGACAGUAUUUCAGAAGUAGACAUGGACUUCACCAUGACACUUUACCUACGGCACUAUUGGAAAGAUGAGCGCCUGUCCUUCCCCAGCACAACAAACAAGAGCAUGACCUUUGAUGGCCGGCUAGUGAAGAAAAUUUGGGUGCCAGAUGUGUUCUUUGUCCAUUCCAAAAGAUCCUUCAUCCACGACACUACCACAGACAAUAUUAUGCUAAGAGUUUACCCCGAUGGCCACGUCCUCUACAGCCUGAGGGUGACAGUAACUGCUGCAUGUAACAUGGACUUCAGUCGAUUCCCUCUGGAUUCACAGACAUGCACUCUAGAGCUUGAGAGCUAUGCCUACACAGAUGAAGACCUCAUGCUCUACUGGAAGAGUGGGAACGACUCUCUGAGUACAGAUGACAAGAUCUCGCUGUCUCAGUUUCUAAUCCAGCAGUUCCACACCACUUCCAGGCUUGCCUUCUACAGCAGCACAGGCUGGUACAAUCGGCUGUACAUCAACUUCACCUUGCGUCGCCACAUCUUCUUCUUCCUGCUCCAGACGUACUUCCCUGCUACCCUAAUGGUCAUGCUGUCGUGGGUGUCAUUCUGGAUUGACAGACGUGCAGUCCCUGCCAGAGUGUCUUUAGGCAUCACCACAGUGCUCACUAUGUCCACUAUCAUCACUGGAGUGAAUGCAUCAAUGCCUCGGGUCUCCUACAUCAAAGCUGUGGACAUUUACCUGUGGGUCAGCUUUGUGUUUGUAUUUCUGUCUGUUCUGGAGUAUGCUGCCGUCAACUACCUGACUACCGUGAAGGAUGGAAAAGAUCGGAAGCUAAGAGAGAAAGCCAAGGAGCAGGCCCUACCAUGUAGCUGUGGCAUGUCCCACACCAGGACCAUGAUGCUGGAUGGGACCUACAGCGAGGCCGACACCAACAGCCUAGCAGGCUACACCAGAGCCCCUAUUGUGACUGAAGACCCCCCAGAAAAACAGGAGCGCAUGGUGGUCCACCUCUCUUUAGACAAUGAGUACACUGGAACAAAGAAAAAGAGAAUUCGGGGUUUCAGUAUUAUUCAGAAUACCCAUACCAUUGACACCUACUCCCGCAUGAUAUUCCCUGGAGCCUAUAUCAUCUUUAACCUCAUUUACUGGUGUGUGUACUGUUAAGUCUGUUCUGGAUCAAGGUUAAGGGGUGUUGGGACCACCAACCAAUGCUUAGGUGACUGUAUGAGAGCAGUACUUGCAAAUAAGAAAUGCAACAACGUUUAUAAAAAAGUGAUUUAUAUGGAGCAUUUUAGAGAGUAUACAGCAUGAGUUCUCCAAUGCCACAGUAUUAAGCACACAGUAUGGUUUAUUAUUACUGAGCUGGAAGCUUAUUGAUAAGCUAAUUGGAGCAAUUUUAUGUUGUAGUUGUUUUGUUUGUGUCAAGAGGGUUUGGUGUUGUACAGCUCACCUGCCCUGGUGUUAAGAGACAUCCUGACAACUGACAUUAUUGAAGGACUUUCCUCCAUCAGUACUGUAGUGCAUAGUAUUUUGCAUUUAUAAGUGUUAAUGAUGCAUUAUUGUAUCUAGAGUGCCAUCAUAGCCUAUGUUUGACUCAAGAACUGAUAUUGUUAUACAGUAUGCCAACUGUAUACUGAUAGCCUAUUGGGGAAAGUAUGUUAUGAGCGGGUAGGGUAGAGUUUAGGGUGUGUGCAUUAUUUGUAUGCAGUCUAAAACCAAGUGAAGUUAGCUAUUCAUACAAUAGCAAAAAUAGCAUACAGGCACAAUGUUGGUUGGAUUGAAAGAUACAGUCAUAAGUAUUGUAAAUGUUCAUACAUAUUUAUUUAAAUGUAUGUAUAUGCAUAUUCAC